AUGAAGGACAGCGGGGACUCCAAGGACCAGCAACUCAUGGUGGCGCUCCGGGUCCGGCCCAUCAGCGUGGCAGAGCUGGAGGAAGGAGCCACCCUCAUUGCCCAUAAAGUGGAUGAGCAGAUGGUAGUUCUCAUGGACCCAAUGGAGGACCCAGACGACAUCCUGCGGGCACAUCGCUCCCGGGAGAAGUCCUAUCUGUUUGAUGUGGCCUUUGACUUCACUGCCACCCAGGAGAUGGUGUAUCAGGCCACCACAAAAAGCCUUAUCGAAGGUGUCAUCUCAGGCUACAAUGCCACUGUCUUUGCCUAUGGCCCCACAGGCUGUGGGAAAACCUACACCAUGCUGGGCACAGACCAUGAGCCCGGCAUCUAUGUUCGCACCCUCAAUGACCUUUUCCGUGCCAUUGAGGAGACCAGCAAUGACAUGGAGUAUGAGGUGUCCAUGUCCUAUCUGGAGAUCUACAACGAGAUGAUCCGGGACCUGCUGAACCCUGCCCUGGGGUACCUGGAGCUGAGGGAGGAUGCCAAAGGGGUGAUCCAGGUGGCCGGAAUCACCGAGGUCUCCACCAUCAAUGCUAAAGAGAUCAUGCAGCUGCUGAUGAAGGGAAACCGGCAGAGGACCCAGGAGCCCACAGCUGCCAACCAGACGUCCUCACGCUCCCACGCAGUGCUGCAGGUGGCCGUUCGCCAGCGCAGCCGGGUCAAAGACGUCCUGCAGGAGGUGCGGCAGGGCCGCCUGUUCAUGAUAGACCUGGCCGGCUCCGAGCGUGCCUCCCAGACACAGAACCGUGGGCAGCGCAUGAAGGAGGGAGCCCACAUCAACCGUUCCCUGCUAGCCCUGGGCAACUGCAUCAAUGCGCUCAGCGACAAGGCCAGCAACAAAUAUGUCAACUACCGAGACAGCAAGCUCACUCGGCUCCUGAAGGACUCCCUGGGGGGGAACAGCCGCACUGUGAUGAUUGCUCACAUCAGUCCAGCGAGCAGCGCCUUCGAGGAGUCCCGGAACACCCUGACCUAUGCUGGCCGGGCCAAGAACAUUAAGACCAGGGUGAAGCAGAACCUGCUCAACGUCUCCUACCACAUUGCCCAGUACACCAGCAUCAUCUCUGACCUGCGGGGCGAGAUCCAGCGGCUCAAGUGCAAGAUCGAGGAACAGGCUGGGCGGGGCCAGGCCCGGGGUCGGCUGGCACGGGGAGACAUACGCCACAUCCAAGCCGAGGUCCAACUGCACAGUGGGCAGGGUGAACAGGCCGACAUGGGACAGCUUCGGGAGCAGCUCAUCAACGCGUUCCAGGAGCAGAUGGACGUGCGGAAGCGCCUGCUGGAGCUGGAGAACCAUGCCAUGGAGGUCCAGAUCGACACCUCCCGCCAUCUGCUCACCAUUGCUGGCUGGGAGCAUGAAAAGUCACGCCGGGCCCUCAAAUGGCGGGAGGAGCAGCGGAAGGAAUCCUACACCAAGGAUGACAGCGAGAAGGACUCUGACACAGGCGAGGAUCAACCAGAUGUCCUGGAGCCGCCAGAGGUGGCCGCAGCCCGGGAGAGCAUUGCAGCCCUGGUGGGCGAGCAGAAGAACCUUCGUAAGCAGAAGCUGGCACUGGAGCAGCGCUGCCGGGAGCUGCGCAUGCGGGGCCGGCGCCUGGAGGAGACGCUGCCUCGGCGUGUCGGCUCUGAGGAGCAGCGCGAGGUGCUCAGCCUGCUGUGCCGCGUGCACGAGCUCGAGGUGGAGAACACCGAGAUGCAGUCACACGCGCUGCUCCGCAACGGCGCGCUCCGCCACCGCCGCGAGGCGGUGCGCCGCCUGGAACAGCAUCGCAGCCUCUGCGACGAGAUCAUCCAGGGCCAGCGGCAGGUCAUCGACGACUACAACCUGGCGGUCCCGCAACAUCUGGAGGAGCUUUACGAAGCGUACCUGCGGGAGCUGGAGGAGGGCAGCCUGGAGCGGGCCACCAUCAUGGACCGUGUAGCCUCCAGGGCCCUGCAGGACAGCUCUUUGCCCAAAAUUACCGUGGGAGGAGCCACACUGACCCCAGAUUCUGACCCGGAGAGUGUGAAGAUGCUGAGCUCUGACACUCAGCACGUCCAGAGCAGCGCCCUCCCCACCCUCAGCACAGAGAGUGAAGUCCACCGUGUGUUCAAGGCCAGUCCCAGAGCCUGGCAGAUGAAGAGCUCCUCUGUGCCCACCCCACCUUCCAUCCAGAUUGGCAGCCUGGUGAGCCAGGAGGUCCCCACUCAGGACAGCCUAGGCAGCCGGAUCAACUCUUCCCCCGACAGUAGCGAGAAUCUGUCGGAGAUCCCCUUAUCCCACAAAGAGAGGAAGGAGAUCCUGACCAGCACCAAGUGCAUCUCAGUGAAGGCUGCCCGGAGGCGCUCCCGGGCCCUGGGCACUGAAGGGCGCCACCUGCUGGCGGCCGCGACAGAGCGCAGCAGCCUGUCCCUGCAGUCUCUGAGUGAAGCUGAUGACGUGCAGCCACCCGGCCAGUUGGCCUGCAAACGGCCGCCCAGCCCGACGUUGCAGCACGCUGCCAGCGAGGACAACCUCUCCAGCAGCACUGGCGAGGCCCUGCCCUUGGCAGUGGAGCAUCGAGGUGACGGCCCAGGGUCCUGGCUGCAUGGCCAGAAGAAAAAUCCAAGCAAGAAAAGGGAGGAGUCCCUGGAAGCCAAGAGGAGGAAACGGAGGUCCCGGUCCUUCGAGGUCACAGGGCAAGGGCUCUCCUGCCCCAAGACACACCUCCUGGGGACCACAGGACACUCCCGUCCUGUGGACCACAGGAUGCGCCCGUCACCUGGAACUCGGCAUCCAGGAAAGGUCACGCUGCCUUUGGCCAAGGUCAAACUCCCUCCAAGUCAGAACACAGGCCCUGGGGACACCUCACCCCUUGCUGUUCACCCUAACCCAGCUGGAAUUUCCCGACGGGCUACUCGUGGGCCCCGCUUGCCCCACGGCACAAGCACCCAUGGCAAAGAUGGACGCUUCCGGCAUAAAUGAGGGGCUUUGCCUGGGACUGGCUCUCUUGCUGCCCAAGACUAAAUGGGGUGUAGCAGGGAAUGGGACAUGGAGGCUGGGCAGAUGGGGAUGACCUGGGAGUGGGAGCUCAGGGUCUCAAAAGGCCAGGGCUCCUGCGAUCCAGGAAUUGCAGGGGUGUCUUCCCAACCCAUCCAAAAUUUCAGUGCCACCUGGGAAGGGAGGUGAAGCCAGGGAGAUGCCUCCAGAAUGGCUGGGCUCCUUGGCCUCCCAGCUCUGGACAGAAUGCUGUUGCCAAAACCCUGCACAGACCUGUGGCCAGUCUUGGCCUUGGAAUUCUGGGAGAGGAGCUGUUCUUGAGAUGAGGCCACUGGCCCACCUCUACAGCAAGGGCAUCCUGGAUGGUUGGGGAGGGGCCAACAGGCAUUUCUAAUAUUAUGGUUAGGGGUGGGGGAGGGAAUCUGGAUCCGAUUUUGUUACUUGGUAG